GCGAGAAUGAGAAUCAACAUGGCUUGCUUCCAUAGAUUUCGCUAGCCAUUUUAAUCAAUAGAAACAUUUUGAAUUCUGCAAAUUUGAGUUGUCUACUCAAAUUCCAAAUGACUCGGCUACUACAGCAAGUACUGUAGCUACAUGUAGAAGUUGCUCUUAUAGGUUUCUUGCAUGUCUGUUAACGAGUUAGCUAGAUAACGUUAGCUGAGCCUGCCAUCCAGAGCUAACCUUGUUUAGCCAUCCAACGUUAGCUUGAUUCGCCUGGUUGCAGUCUUCACAGUGCUUGUUUUGUGUGACCUCCUCCUCUUAACCACGCACCUGGGUAGCACACCCCACCUGAUUGACAGCACAGAAGUCCUCCUCUCCUUGAGUCUCGGUGUAACCAUCCGCCCUAUCUAUCUACCCCUGGUUCUUCCAGAGCAGGGGGUAAGGGACACCACUAUCGCUACGAUGCUGGACUCUGUGAGGAAUGCUUUCCACGCCCAGCUAGCCACCGUCAUGGACUCUCUUCUGGCGGCGGCGGUGUGUGAGAUAGCCAAGAUCUUCGAGAGCAGUCUGUGUGAGCAGCAGGAAGAGCUGAUGCAGAGAGGAGAGGAGAUCACAGCCCUGAGGGGGAGGCUGGAGCGGGCAGAGAGGAGGCUGAAGAAGGAAGGAGAUGGAGGAGAUGGCCUACUGGAUGUGAUAGAAGGACCAGCAAGGAAAAUAGGAGGAGAAGACAGCCCAAGGCAGCAGUCUGAACCUAGAGCUGGUUCAAGCUGGGAGUCAGAUGCCGCCUCUGAGACCCCCCCACUGGUCCAAGACAGGGGGUGUAAGGAGCCCCCCAGGAUGAAAAAGGAGGAGACAGAGCUGGAGGGGAAUUCCAUCAAAGAAGAGCUUAAACAUUGCCCUCUUCCACAGUUUGGGGAGUCCCACCCUGCCCCUGUGGAGGGGAAGGGACAAGGGCCAGGGGGGAGCUGUGUUGCUGGGGGCCAGAGGCUGGGAGACCCCCUGUCUGAUACACCAGGGACCAAGGCAAAGUUAUCCCAUUGGGAGGGAGACCAUAGACCUCUUCAGAGCCAGAGCUCCACUUCCUUCUUUCAAGAACCCCGGGUUGGACAUUUUUCCCCCAGACCUGACCACAGGUCUCCUGGGCUUGACCCCUGGGCGAGUGCGGUUCCUCUAGACCUUCAGGAUCCUAGCUUCCUGGACCAGAGCCCAGACCAGGUACUAGAGCAGAGAGAGCCCCGACAGUCACAGGACCAAACCAACCAAUCCCAGAGAGGCCUGAGACCAAGAGACGACAGAGGGAGGGGCCUAGUUCAUCAGAACCGCUGGUCAUUGGCUUCCAAGGACCCAAUCAGGCCACACCCCAACACACACACACACGCUCACAAACAUGCACACGGUCACGCACACACACUUGGCGGGGCAAGACCCUACACCUGCCCAUACUGCGGCAAGAGCUUCAGCUACCCAUCCCACCAGCGCAGGCACCUGCUGCGCCACACAGGUGUGAGGAUGUACCCCUGCUUGGUAUGCGACAAGAGCUUCCUAACUCCGUCAGAGCUCACAGUGCACACCCGCGUCCACACAGGGGAGAGGCCAUUUGGCUGCACCCAGUGUGGGAAGCGUUUUGCCCGCAGCGGGAACCUCCGGGCCCACCAGCGAGAUGUCCACCUGGGGAAGAGACCCUUCGUCUGCCAGGAGUGUGGCAAGCGGUUCGCCCACAGGGGCAACCUGAGGGUGCACCACCAGAGGGUACACCCGGGCCUGCCAUACCAUGAGGAUGAGUAUGACCAGGAUGGCAUCGCUCUCCCCUCUACUGGGUAAAGGGUCAGGAUAACAGGGUCAAAUUCAGUAGGCGUUAAUGGGAGAAUAUAUUUUAAGAUGGAAAAUGAGUCUUCCUAUUUAGCAUCUUUGUCUUACGUGAAUUAAGCCUGCCCUGUAACUCUCUUUGCAUUUUGAACGAAUGUCCCGUAGGAAUGACUUUACCUGUCGAGAGACAAUGUUGAAGAGACAGGAAAUUGAGAGGCAGAGAAAGAAAAGCAGCACUCCCUACAAAGAGGAAUAGGGGGUAUUUCUAAGUGUUACAUCAUUUCAAAGGAUGGCUUACCUGAAGUUGUUUUUAUACUGAGAGGAACGGUGCUUUGUUGUUCUUUAACCCUUUAGUUACUGUACAUGGUUGUGUAUGUUAGCAACAGUGAUACAAGUACACGCUGAUUAUGUGUCGUAUGAUAUCAUUACGUUCCCUAUUUCGUCUCAGUGCUGUUCAUCCUCCGUGUACUGUUCAUAUAAAGUAAUUAACCAUAAUAAAACAAGGUGUAUUUAUGGUCAAUCUUAAAA